ACGUUAAUGUUUCACGACCAGUGUGAAAUCAAGUCGAACGGUUCCAGAUCAACAUUCGAGGACGUAUACGCAGAACAUAACUACUGCACAUUGUAAUACUGUCCAGACGCGUUUGGAAUUCGUCACUCAGGAUGAAUUCAAUGCGGUAUCUAAUACUUCUGACGUUCAUUUUAUAUGAAGCGCAGAACACACAUGGUACAAAACAUUUAGAAUAUCUCAAGUCAUUGUUAUCAAAACAUUUACCGUCGACUACAGAUCAAUCAAUUGUAUACGAAUUACAACCUGUGUACGAUGAUGAUGAUGUUGAAGAUGAUACAGUAGCUGAAUGGAAUAAACAAGAGUAUUUAAUACAUGGAAAUCCUGUCGAUCAACAAUCGUUUGAUAAGCUUGAUAUCAUCCCUGGUUUAAAUUUCGGAACAGUUAUAGAAGAAAACCCCAAAACAAAUUUGAAAGAAAAUGCUGAUGGGAAUUCUAAAAUUCUCUUAAAUUCUGAAAUAAUUUACGAAGCAAAUCCUGGAAUUAUUUCCAAAGCUAAUACUGGUACUGAUUUCGAGGUAAAUUCUGAAAUCGAUUCUGCAGCGAAUCCUCAACAAACAUUAGUAAAGGAUAAAAACACAGAAUGGUUAUUGAGCGAGACUACGAGUGAGAAACAACCAGAAAUCGUGGAUGUCAAGAAUAACGUACCUUUAUUCAAAGAACUUAUUAUUCAAAAAAUCAACUCAAUUAAAUCUAACAUAAAAUUAAAAAAUCAACCAAUAAUCAAACCAGUGGUAGAAGAAAUUUCAGAAGAUUCAUCAUUCUUAUUAGGAAAUGAACCAUGCACAAAUAACUCAAUUACUGAAAAACAAUCGACCUCCACAGAAAAUCCUUGUGAAACUAAAUCUACUACAACAAAACUAUCAACUACCACAGAACAACCGUGUAUAACUAAAUCUACUACAGCGAUUCCAUCCACCGAUCUGAAACCCAUCACUACAGAAAAACCAUGUAUAACUAAAUCUACCACAGCGAUUCCAACUACCACUCAAAAACCCAUAACUACGGAAAAACCAAUCAUCACAAUAAAAACAACCACUACGGUAGAACCCAUCAUCACCACGGAACCUUACAUAUCAGAAGAACCUGUCAUCUGUGAUACAUCCCCUACCACAGAAAUUCCCAUAACGUCCACCACUACAGCGGCACCAUCCGUUUCCAAAACAUCCACAAUCUCACCAAAACCUAUUGUUCCGGUAACAUCUAUCAACACUAAAGGUCCUAACAGUAACACGUUCAAUGUCGAUAUUAAUACCACCUGUGAAGAACCAAUUAUUACUAUUCCUUCUCAAUAUCAAAUAUCUUUACCACCACAAAGCUACUAUUAUUCUCCUUUGCCCUAUCAAUUUUGGCUAAACGAAUGUCUGACCCGAAGAAAUUGCUUUCCUUCGAACCAGCAAUAUGCUUCGAAUCCGAUUCCAGCUCACACGUUUGCUACAAGACCUUUGACCCUCGGUAGUAUGCCAUACAUCGUGCAGGAAUACCCAAAGCAGAAAGUCAACUUGGGACACACAAAAGUAAUAAAUCACAUUAACAUCGAUGCGCGCCCGACCAAUUCAGGACCAAUCAAACAAUGGAAUCAUUACGGUUACGACUACCAAAGACCAAUUUAUUAUAACUCAAGAACCCCAUAUGCUCCUCAAACACUCGGAUCAAAAAUACCAUUCAAAACCGUAUAUUCUAGCUCCGGUUCUGUACACUCGAAACAAACCAAUCAACCAAUAACUGCGAACCCCACCAACGACAGUGUUUUGUCCACUGAAAAAAUCAAUAUGAGCCAACCGUUAAGUUCGAUCAAUCUAGGACAACGCAUGAAAUGGAUUAAUAACGAUUAUAAUAGACAAAAACUAACUAAUAAAAAUCCUAUAUCAUUUACAUUUGUAACUCAAACAUCCCAACCGAAAGUACCUUCUGUUCCUGGUUCCAGUGCAGUAUACUCAACACAAACCAAUCAACCAAUAGUCAGGUAUCCCGUUGACGGCAGUCCGUUACCGGCAAAUAAUAUUAAAAUCGAUACGAACCAGCAAUCGUAUCCAACUAAUCCGGCACAGUCCGAACAAUGGAUCAAUUACGCUCAAAACAACCAACAACUCGUAUCAUCUAAUACACCUCAAACGUCCGGACCAGAAGCCCCUCCCGGAACUGCUAUUCCUUACUCCAGUGUACUAUACUCAACACCGACCAAUCAACCAAUAGCUGAGUAUCCAAAUUACGGUAGUGUUUUGCCGGUCGAUAAUACAAAGAUCGAUGCGAACCAACUUUCGUAUCCAACCAAUCCAGGACAAGCUGAACAAUGGAUUAAUUAUGGUUAUAACCAUCAAAAUAUCGUACCGUCUUAUAUUCCUCAAUCGUCCGGACCAGAAUCACUGUUCGAAACCUCUAUUCCCAACUCCGGUGCGGUGUUCUCGGCGCAAAACAAUCAACCAAUAUCCGGAUAUCAUGUCGACGGUAGUGUGUUACCGGACAAUAAUAUUAAAAUUAAUACGAACCAGCAAUCGUAUCCGACUAAUUCAGCACAAGCCGAACAAUGGAUCAAUUACGCGUAUAACAAUCAACAAGCUCCAUCAUCUAAUCCUCCACAAUCGUCCGGAUCACAGACACCGUCCGGAACCGCUAUUCCCAAGUCCGGUACAGUGGACUCAGCGCCAAACAAUCAACCAAUAUCUGAAUAUUCAAAUGUUGGUAGUGUGAUACCGUCCAAUAAUAUUAAAAUCGAUACGAAUCAGCCAUCGUAUCCAAUCAAUCCGGCACAGGCCGAACAAUGGACUAAUUACGCUCAAUACAAUCAACAACUCGUACCAUCUAAUCCUCCUCAAUCGUCUGGAGCCGCUAUUCCCGAAUCCGAGGCAGUGUAUUCAGCGCCAAACAACCAACCAAUAUCCGGGUAUCGCGUUGACGGUAGUGUGUUACCGUCCAAUAAUAUUAAAAUCGAUACGAACCAGCCAUCGUAUCCAAUCAAUCCAGCACAGGCUGAACAAUGGAUCAAUUACGCUCUGAAAAAUCAGCAACUCGUAUCAUCUAAUGCACCUCAAAGGUCCGCACCAGAAGCCCCUUCCGGAACUAUUGUUCCCGGCUCCAGUGUGAUAUACUCAACACAAACUAAUCAACAAAUAGCCGGGUAUCCCAUCGACGGUAAUGUGUUACCGGCCAAUAAUAUUAAAAUCAAUACGAACCAGCCAUCGUAUCCGAUCAAUUCAGCACAGGCUGAACAAUGGAUCAAUAACGCUCAGAACAACCAACAACUCGUAUCAUCUAAUGCGCCUAAAACGUCUGAACUAGAAACCCCGUCCGGAACCGCUAUUUCCUACUCCGAUGCUGUGUACUCGGCACAAAACAAUCAACCAAUAACCGGGUACCCCGUUGACGGUAGUGUGUUGCCAGCUAGUAAUAUCAAAAUCGAUCCGAACCAGCCAUCGUAUCCGAUCAAUUCGGCACAGGCCGAACAAUGGAUUGAUUACGCUCAGAACAGUCAACAACUCGUUUCAUCUAAUCCUCCUCAAUCGUCUGGACCAGAAACACCGUCAGCUAUCCCCAACUCCGGUGCGGUAUACUCAACGGAAACCUUCGUACCGAUCACUGUGUAUCCAACCGGCGACAGCGUGUCACCCGGUGAACAGACAAACCUCGCGAAUUCUGAGUACAUUGAUCCGAACCAGUAUUAUGAUGCGAUGAGCGAAGCUAACGGUUCCGGUGCCCCGUUACGAGGAGACAUCCGGUUCGGAGAAGAUUACACCACACAGAACACGUACGAGCAAUCGGGAAGGGACGAAACACUACCUAAUACGUUGAAACAACGCAGACAAACAGAAGUCAAAAAUAAUAAGCAGACUUCCGUCCGAAACAGCAGUGACAUAAAAAUGCCGAUAUCAAAAUUACCGACACCAGAUAAACCGGUUAUUGAACAUAUUGAAGCUGAAAUUCCGGCCGCGUCAGAGGCUAAACCCAAAACGCCAUUGGCCCAAACCAAAAAGCCCGUGGUAAAAGGCAAAGCACCAACCGUUGAAAUUGAAUCACCAAAAGCUGGUAAAACUGUAACCCCUGUAACUAUAACCAAAACAUCAGUUAUCAAAUCCGACGACAACGUCAACUUAAAGUUGGUGAAGAAAAUGUUAAAUUCCAAAUCAGGGUGACUUCCCCAUUAAUUUUACUUUACAUAAUUUAUUAAUUUAUUCUAAAAUAAUUUUAAAGAAAAAAACAUACAAUAUUACUUUAGUCUAUAAUUUUUUUUAAAUCAGUAUAGGGUACAUUUUAAGACAGACUGAUUUACAAACUAGCUGUAUAUUUUUAAUCGCAUUAUACAUUUUAUUAUAUUAUUGUGAACGUAAUCUUCAGUUAAAAAUAGGUACCAGAUCGAACGGCCUCUGGGUCACUUACAAUAUAAAUGGAUAAUAAGGCAAUAUUGAUGAACAAUGGUUAUCGUAUGUGAAAAACCUCUAAAAAUUCGGUACAGUCUAGCUGAUUGUAUACGGGACACAUUAAUUAUUAUACAAUAACCCCUGUUAUGCUUUAAAAUAUUAAAAUAUAAGUGUUAUGAAUAAAUCUGUAAUCAUUUUUUGUUUUUUUUUUUUUUUUUAAU